CAGUAAUAACAACGAAGUUGCAUACGAAUAAUGGCCAAUAGAUAGUGUGCAAGUAGUUUAAUCAAAUGCAUAAUGAUGCAUAAAUUAUAAAAAAAAAAAAAAAAAAAAAAAAAAAGGGUUGGUUGUACAUCAGAGCGCUCACAUCUGUGUAGUAAAUUUCUGCUCCUCGGAUAUGGCAUUUAUCUCCAAGAAGAUGGGAACACCUAAAAUAUUUGAAUUCCUGCAGCGGGUUAUAUAGUUCUGUGAGUCCUGAAACUUAACGAAAGGCGGAGAUGGGGAAAGCAGGUGUCAUUAUCAUCUACCAUUGAAUCUGCAGUUUGCAUGCUGAUGUCAGAGACAGGGUGGUUAUGUUGCUGAAAUGAAACGUCUUUAAAGGACGUAGUUAGUACCAAAGGCAAGAGCCGAAGCCGGAGGUGCUGUCCUGUUUUCAGAAGCUUAGUGUGCAGCCAGUUGCUCUACGGAGGGCCGGAGGAGCCGAAAAUACUGAUGAACAUUGUGCGUCUCGUUUCAUUUCUGGACACCAGAGCUGUCCGGGGUUCUGAAAGAACUGUGCGCGUAUUAUCGUUUUAACCACCACGAUCUGUUGAUAGCGUUUUUUGUUUGUUUUGCCAGUGCUGAGUAUAGUGCACAUAAUUGGUUUAAAUGAGAUUUCUCAGCCUUGGAAGUGCAAAGCACUGUUUUUUAGAAUCAGUGUGGAACACAUUCUUUGGAGAACAAAAAGUGCUGAAAUUGCACUGAAGCUACAAUGGUCUUUCUGUGUUGUAGGACCGAACAGAUUUAAAGGCUUUUGACCAUAAACUUUUUUUUUUUGCUUUGCUUUGCUUUAAAACAUCGAAUUGUUUAAUUGAAUGGGUCUACAAUUAUGAGACCACCACACUCCCAAUUCAACUCUUAAAUCAUUCUGACUAAAAUACACUGGUGCGUCUGAUUGAAUAGCUUUGGGUAUGCGCGUCUGAAAACAAAGAAUUAAUAGUCACAACAGAAGAUCUAUGUUUUAUUUGAACUUACACUAUAGGAUCGUUGCAGUUAAAAUGCAUAAUAUGUAGAUUUUUUUUUUUAAACAACCAAUGAUAUAAAACUGUUGGAUCUCAGUUGACAACAUUAUUUUAUUUAAGAAUAGGAAAAACGUGUUCCACAAGACGGCAUGGCAUAUCUACCUGUUUAUCUGAACUCUGCUAUCCUGGUGCUGUUUAGUUGUGACAUCUGUUUGGUGGGAGCAAACAGGCCACCAGCUCCUGUCAACGUUACUGUCACCCAGCUGAAAGCUAAUGCUGCCACCAUAUCCUGGGAUGUCCCAGAGGGAGACGUCAUCAUCGGCUACGCCAUUUCUCAGCAGAGGCAAGAUGGACAGAUGCAAAGGUUCAUCAGGGAUGUCAACACAACAAACCGUGCCUGUGUCCUCUGGGACCUGGAUGAAGACGCAGAUUACAUCAUCCAGGUCCAGUCCAUCGGGCUGUAUGGGGAGAGUCAAGCCAGCAAGCGGGUUCAUUUUCGAACCCUGAAAGAAACUGAACACUUCCAAUCCAACAGCUCAAACCAAGGUGACCCUAUGGUGCAGGGAAUCAAAUACCAACAGCUUCAAACUGGGGAGAUGAUCAUUAUAGUGGUGGUGCUCAUCAUGUGGGCAGCUGUGAUUGUUCUGUUCUGCAGACAGUAUGACAUCAUUAAAGAUAAUGAUUCAAACAACAGCAAAGAAAAGGUCAAACCUUCCUCUGAGCACAGCACGCCUGAGCGACAUACAGUGGGGCUGCUGCACAGUAAGUUUCAGAAAGCGCCAUCAAUCAACAUCAUUGAAGUUUGACCCAAGAGUACAGUAUGUUGGCUUAAAGACAAACCCUCUGCAGAUGUUUUUGUGAGACCGUGAGACCGUGGAAUGGUUUCAGGGUAGGAGGCCUUUACCCCAAACGCAUGUCACAUUCUAAGCCAUUUAGCUUUGCAGGAAAUGUGCAUGAGGCCUAAAACACAAUGCAUGACAAAUGCAAGGUAGCACCCAAUUUAUCUUGAUGAUUGAUCAUUUGGAAACAGAUCCAUCUGAUCUUGGAUGUCCACUCAUAGUUGUAAACAACGGAGGACAAGAAGAAAGGGUUGACACAUUGCAUUAUCUUAACAUUGUGCAUUCUCUGGAAUGAAAUGUAAGAAUACAAUCAUUUUUUUGCCAACCUCACUGAGACAUGUUUUAGGAGCAGUCAUAAAUGGCAGGAUAGGGGACACAAAGAUACCUGAUGUGGAUGUUAUCCAGAUACGCACAUCUGAUUCUAUUGAAGAACAAACAUGAGGCCUGGGUUUUGGGUAAAACUUCCAUUCCCUUUUUCGAGCCUAUUUGAUGAGUACUGAUAUAUGAGCCUACAGUACAUGACAGGUUAUGAUGUUCCUGCAAUAUUUAUCCAACUAUUAUUAACUUGCCACAGAAAUAUCAAAAAUGAUUUUCUUUCAGAGUCAAAAAUGCAUUGUGCUUGUGAAUCAACAAUAACCAUGUUGUACUGUUAUAAUUAUGGCCUUGAGAAAUUCACAGCAGAUUCAGACUCGCCUACAGUUUAGUCCUUUACCUCUAGAUGUCCAUACCAAAUAAGGGCUCCAGCUGAAUUGAUGUAAAGAAUAAUUUAGUUAUUAACACGUUAACUAAUAGCUAAUUACGAUUCAUAAAAUAGUGGUGUUAAACGAUAAGGUGCUGGUUUCACAGUUAAGCAACGUACAUAUUAAAUGAGACAUGAAUUUAAAACCUUUUACUAGGUUUAUAUCUGAUAACGUGACUUCUAAUGUGUUAGUCCUCGCUAGUAGCAUCUGCAAGAGGGUAAAAUAUUGUUCACAAUUACAGUAUAAACAGUUUUAUUUUAUUUUUUUAACUGUUGCCCAAGCCUGGAACUGCGUAUUAAACGGCAUUGGAAAAGUACAAUGCAAAGAAAGGUUAGUACUGUAUACUGUACAGCUGAUGUAAAGUGUGUAAGAAUAAAACAUACAUCUUACGUAAGAUAUUUUAAACAUAUCUAAGUGUUUAUUUUAAUUGUUUGAGAUGGACAAAAAACAUAUUGAGGUGUAAAUAAUAUUAUUGUUAAAUUUGUUUACAUUUUUUGGAAUAACAAUUACAUUUUAUAACAGCCAAAUCUCUGAAUAAUAUACGAUGGUAUAUUCAGUACAUUACCGUUAUUAUUAUUAUUAUUAUUAUUUUUUUUUUUUUUGGAGAAUUACACCAAUAAGCAUUAAAAGGUCUCCAAAAUUACAAAGUUUAAACUCUGCUUCCAAAAAACAGAACGGGACUGACACAGUGGAAAGAAAGCUGUAAAAAUCAAAUGUCAAAAAUAAUAAAUUUGCUGGUUAUAUAAUAACAAGCACUGUGACAAGGGAUGCACAUACAGCCUUGAUGUCAGAAUAAACCGUGUGUUAAAACUGUACAACCUUGAGCAAGGUGGAUUCAAACGCUGUACAUGUUUCACGUACGAAAAGAAUAUCCUCCCUGGAUUGCAUUGCAAGAUUCAAUGAGAACUAUAAAUCUGAAUUUAAAGGCUUCUGAAUCUGAAAAAAAAGACACCAAUGAAUUUCUUUUGGUUCAUAGAGACUGGAAAUAAUUGAGUGAAAAACUAUUUCUAGUGGUAACAUUUAAAGCAAUAUAUGUUUAAGAUGUGCCUAGCGCCCUUGAAAACAUUUGGUAUGUGAAUCAAUUCUGUCUUUGAUAUUUUCUACAAAUCUAUGUUAUCUGUAGAACUAAAUUACACAUGAGCAGUUGUCAUUCAAAUCUUCUGUUAAUUUUCCAAGGGCCUAGUGACAAUGCUGUGUUCAAUUCAGUUUUGUAAAUCAAUUAAAAAAAAAAAAAAACACUAAAUGGAAUAAAAUAAUUAAAUAUAUUUUUGAAGCCCACAACAAUAUAAUAUUCAAGACACAACAUUUCUUCUUUUUCUAAAAAGCUUGUAAUUAUUUUUUUUUUCUUUCACUAUCCAACACUGCUGACUUGCAAUAUUUCUAAGCUGCUUGGGGAAUGUUGUCAAAUUAUAAAUACAGCAAAUGAAAAGUGAUAUAUAUUAUAUAUUAAUGCUGGCUGAAAAAUAAAAUCCCUUUGCACUAGAAAUUUUUUUUUCUUUGGAGUUACGUGUUUUUCAGAUUA